UCUCAGCAGAGGUACCCUCCUUUCAGAUAACUCUGGUUUGUGUGUCAAGUUGAUAUAAGACUAGCUAGCACAGAGGCUACUGGUGAAAGACAGCCCAGUUUCAACAAGAGACCCCAGCGUUUUGGAGAUGCCAGUACCAUGGGGUGAUCACCAAGACACAAUAACAGCAGUGGAGUGAAGCCGGCUGGAGCCCAGAAGACAAGCUGUGUGUGCUGCAGAGGACAGAGUCGGAGAAGGAGCCCAAAAGAUAGGUCUUGCUCAUCCUUUCAAGUUCUGGACUCAGAAUCUGUUACAAGCUGCUAGUUUUACUGUGGUUCCAUUCUGGCCCUGACUGCAGCGGCCCUUGAGGAAAAAAAGAAUUAUUGAGACUAUAGCAUGAGACUUCAAGCAGUUGGCUCAAUACUGGGAAAAUAAAGGAUCCUGCCAGAUUGGUUCUCCUGUCUGUAGCAAUGUUAGCCUCAAGAAAGAGGAUGGCCAAUUCUUCACGCUCCCAAGUUCUUCUCAUGUGGAAGCCAGACAAGGUUCAAAACGGCCCCCACAGUAUUGAGAAGCACUCACUCACUUCAAGACUCUUGCGUGACACUGAGACCUGUCGACAGAAUUUUAGGAAUUUUCCAUACCCAGAUGUGGCAGGUCCUCGGAAAGCAUUGAGUCAGCUCCGUGAGCUCUGCCUUAAGUGGCUGAGACCUGAGGUUCACUCCAAGGAGCAGAUCCUGGAGUUGCUGGUGCUGGAGCAAUUCCUGACCAUCCUGCCUGGGGAGGUUAGGGCUUGGGUAAAGUCUCAGUACCCAGAGAACAGCGAGGAAGUGGUGACCCUGGUGGAGGAUUUGACUGAGAUUCUGGAAGAAGAAGCUCCUCAGAGUUCUGCCCUUCCCCAAGAAAUCCCAGAGGAAGACCCCAAACAUGCUUUCCAGGCAGGGUGGCUCAGUGACUUGAUGACCAAAGAAUCAGUGACAUUCACAGAUGUGGCCGUGGAUAUCACCCAAGAGGACUGGGAACUGAUGCGCCCCGUUCAGAAGGAACUGUAUAAGACUGUGACUUUACAGAACUAUUGGAACAUGGUUUCUCUAGGACUGACCGUCUACAGGCCAACUGUGAUUCCCAUCUUAGAAGAGCCAUGGAUGGUGAUAAAAGAAAUUGUAGAAGGCCCUAGCCCAGAGUCGGAAACAAAAGCUGAAGCACAUAUUCCAUUAAAGGAUCUUCCGACCGUCAAGCAGGAUGGAACCCAGACCGUCAAAUUGGAAGAAGCUGAUAACUGUGAUGACGGAUUAGAGAGGCAGCCGGUGUAUGCCUUCAGGAAGAUUCCGAUGGAUGAAAGAGACUUCAGUUUGAAGUCAGAGAUUUCACAAGAAGACCCUCCAGAAGAAUAUCUUAGUAAAUACGAUAUAUAUAGAAAUGAUUUUGAAAAGCACACAAACCUAAUUGUACAGUUUGAUACCCAAUCAGAUAAUAAAACUUCUCUAUAUAAUGAAAGCAAGCCAACAUUCAAUAAUGUCUCAUCUGGUGUCGUACAUGGGAAAAUACUUCCUGGAGAUAAGCCUUAUUCAUGUAAUGUCUGUGGAAAAAAAUUUAGGAAAUACCCGUCACUCCUGGCACACCGAAAUAGCCAUGCCAAAGAGAAAUCUUAUGAAUGUGAAGAAUGUGGGAAAGAGUUUAAGCAUAUCUCAUCCCUCAUUGCACAUCAAAGAAUGCAUACUGGAGAAAAACCAUAUGAAUGUCACCAGUGUGGGAAAGCCUUCAGCCAGCGUGCACACCUUACUAUACAUCAGAGAAUUCAUACUGGAGAAAAACCCUACAAGUGUGAGGACUGUGGAAAAGACUUUAGUCAGCGUGCACAUCUUACUAUACAUCAAAGGACACAUACUGGUGAGAAACCAUAUAAAUGUUUGGAAUGCAGUAAAACCUUUAGCCAUAGUUCAUCAUUGAUUAAUCAUCAGAGAGUUCAUACUGGAGAAAAACCUUAUAUAUGCAAUGAAUGUGGGAAAACUUUCAGUCAGAGUACACACCUUCUCCAACAUCAAAAAAUUCAUACUGGGAAAAAACCAUAUAAGUGCAAUGAGUGUUGGAAGGUGUUUAGUCAGAGCACUUAUCUUAUUCGACAUCAGAGAAUUCAUUCUGGAGAGAAAUGCUAUAAAUGCAAUGAAUGUGGAAAGGCCUUUGCUCAUUCAUCAACUCUUAUUCAGCACCAAACUACUCACACCGGAGAGAAAGCCUAUAUAUGUAAUGUAUGUGGGAAAGCCUUCAGCCAGAGUGCAAACCUUACUCAGCAUCAUAGAACACAUACUGGAGAGAAACCAUAUAAAUGUAGUGUGUGUGGGAAAGCCUUCAGCCAGAGUGUGCACCUAACUCAACACCAGAGGAUUCACAAUGGAGAAAAGCCCUUUAAAUGUAAUGUCUGUGGGAAAGCAUAUAGACAAGGUGCAAAUCUUACUCAACAUCAAAGGAUUCAUACUGGAGAGAAACCCUAUAAAUGUAAUCAGUGUGGGAAAGCUUUUAUUUAUUCUUCAUCACUUAAUCAGCAUCGAAGAACUCACACUGGAGAGAGACCCUAUAAAUGUAAUCAGUGUAACAAAGAUUUUAGUCAGAGAACAUGCCUUAUUCAACACCAGAGGAUUCACACAGGAGAGAAGCCCUAUGCAUGCCGGAUAUGUGGGAAGUCCUUCACCCAGAGUACCAAUCUUAUUCAGCAUCAACGGGUUCAUACAGGUGCCAGACAUCGCAACAGGUGCCAGACACCGCAGUUAAUGGAUAUGACUUUGUUUAAGUUUCAUAACUUGAUUGCUUAAAUUUCAUUUUGUGUGCUGUGUCAGAAUAUUCAAAAAAUCUGAAGAAGUGCAAUAUGCUAGAUAUCACAGUAUCAGAAGUACCAGAAUUAGUAAAAUGGCUUGUCCAUUUAGAUUCUAGUGUGAAACUUAAAGUUCUAUCCACUGCUUAGGUUUCAUCUCAUAUCACUUGAAUUCAUUCCAGAAAGAAAUACUAUGAAAGGAUAUUUUAAAAACCUGUGACUCAUCACCUCUUAGUAUUUUUCAAGUAUGUUUUAUUGAGGCCUUAUGACUCUAACUUGGGCAAGUGUCCGUCAAGUAGAUCUCACACUAGAGAGUAAUAUUGACAUUAUAGGAAAGAAGAUGGAUGCUUUGGGGUGCUUCAUCCCAGCUUUGAAGCCUUAAAAUGAGUAAAAGGUCCUUCUCAUUUUUUGCUUCCUCUUUUCCCAUUAUAACUUCCGUGUGAAGUCAGUGAGCUUGAGGAGGAGACCUGAAAAGAUCUUAAGAGAUUUCUAUGUGACCACACUUCCACCAGGAAGAGGCGGCAAUCUGAGAAGAUAGAGGAUCAGGUUAUACAAAACCAGACAUGAACAAACUCAGACACAGAUUAAACACCCCAAGAUUAAAGUCUUAGUACAACGGUAUUUUUAGUUUCACUUGGUUUUGACAUCCAGUGUUACCCUGAAGAAAAAAAAAGACAGGCUAACCAUUCCCAUUUUUUUUUCCAGGUAGCUUUUAAAUUGACAAGUUUGCCCAUGGCUCUUACUGUAGCAAAGUCAUUUCUUUCUAUGAACCCCAUUUCCUGAGAGCCUACUGUGCUCAGGAGACAGACUUUUGAUUGAACCUUUUCAGUUAACAAAUAUCUUGAGUAAAGAAAAGGUAAGGAUAUGCUCUUAACUACUUUGCCAUGGAACAAGCAUAAUCCUAAAUGAGUGGCCAAAUACUACCCUAUAAGCCAGGUUAAGUGAGCAGUGAGCAUAGCUAUAUAAAUAACGUGAGAAUAAGUAAGAGAAAAGGUUUGAGUCCAGAGCAGGGUGGAAAGGAGUGAGGAAGGUAGGUAUGCAAGUAGCUGAUGUGACAUGAAAUAUAAUUUGACCUCCUUUACCUAAGGAAAUAAUAGCAGUAAAAGAAAAAUUAGCCUAUUUAUAGGAAGCUAAAAAGGAAGUUAUUUUCAGGAAUAAUCAGAAGCCUAAUACUCCUUCACACAUAGAAGUAAAAUAGAAACUACACUUAAUGUGUUAAGAAAAUGUUUCAUUGGAAAAAGCCUUGGUGUAGAAACUACCAGUAAUCAAUCAGUAAUCAUUAAACAGUAGCUGAGUUCAUGGGUCUUCAACAGCAUAAAAGAAAGAUUGGCAGGCAUCCAUUUUUUAAUUGCUGUAUUUACUAUCCAUAGCAUCAACUCUCAGAAUAUAAAGCAGAGCUUCACUCUGCUCAUCCUUGCUCCUCCAGUGCCUUGCAUAUGAUCAACAUAUGUUGGCUGAAUUGAUGAGUAAAUUGUGUGAAUUAGAUUUGAGUGGUAAGGUAGAAUCUCACGCAUGGAGAGAAAAUUUGUGGAACUGAAAAUAACUUUGUGUCCAUGUAUCACAUGUUUAACAAAUACUAUUUACCGUGUAACAACAGCUUAAGAAUGGAGAAUCAGAAGUAGUGGGACAUCAUUGCCCAAUGAAAGUUCCCUUAACUAAAUGAGAAGAAACAAAUUCUGGUACCAUAAAUACCUAAGUUUAUAUUGACAAUACAGCAUCACUAGACACCACAAGGAGGGUUGAAGAAAAGGUUGAGAUGCUGACAUCCUGAGGUUAUCUUUAUGGGAAUGUUUUUUGUUUUGGUUUUGAUUGUUUUUUUGGUUGGUUUAUUGAAACAGGGUUUCACUGUGUAGCCCUGGCUGUCCUGGAACUCACUCUGUAGGCCAGGCUGCCUCUGCCUCCCUAGUGCUGGGAUUAAAGGCGUGAGCCCCUGCCACCACCCAGCUGUGUUUUCUUAAUGAAAUUGUCACUUUCUCUUUUCUUGACAUUAAUUACCCUUGACUUCAUAGUAGUCACAAAAUUCUGGUUAGAAAUACUUAGAUUCUUCUCAUUCCUCAGUUAUGUUAAAACUAGCGACUGUAUUUACUAGAUGGUUUUUGAUGUUGCUUCAUGCCUUGCAUAAUGCUUCUUUCUGCUGGGGUGAGUGUGGUGUGGUCCAGGCCAUAGGGCAGUGUUUUGUGUUUCCUGCCUUUGUGUGUUUUAUGUAAAUAAUAUAAAGUCUUCCACUGGUACACAGAGGCAAGUAAGGCUCCUAUAAAAAAAAAAAAAAUAGAAUAA